CCUUGACAAGCCGGAAAAAGGCUCGGCUGUGACUGGCAGCUGGAUCCAACCGUCAAAAGAAGCCGGCUCUUCAUUUCAACAUUUCGUUGCACAUAUAUAUAUAUAUAUAAAUAUAUAUUUAGGGGUUUAUAUAUGGCUACCAAAGGGAUGAACCUGUGCACCGUGUGCUGCUUGAUCCUCUGGGUUGUCAGUACAGUGUUUGCAGGGCGAGAUUUUUAUAAGAUCCUCGGGGUGAGCAAGAGUGCAUCAAUCAGGGACAUCAAGAAAGCCUACAGGAAGCUAGCGCUCCAGUUACACCCCGACAGGAACCAAGACGACCCCAAAGCUCAGGAUAAAUUCGCCGACUUGGGCGCAGCAUACGAGGUUCUGUCUGAUGAGGAGAAAAGGAAACAGUAUGACACGUAUGGAGAAGAUGGACUGAAAGAAGGCCACCACAGUUCACACAAUGAUAUCUUCUCCAGUUUCUUUGGCGACUUUGGUUUCAUGUUCGGAGGCAACCGACAGCAGCAGGACCGAAACAUCCCCAGAGGAAAUGACAUUGUACUUGACUUGGAGGUCACGCUCCAAGAGGUUUACUCUGGGAACUUUGUGGAGGUGGUACGGAACAAGCCCGUAGCCAAAGAGGCGUCCGGGAAGAGGAAAUGCAACUGCCGACCAGAGAUGAGGACUACGCAGCUCGGCCCAGGCCGCUUCCAGAUGACCCAAGAGAUGGUGUGCGAUGAAUGUCCCAACGUCAAGUUGGUGAACGAGGAGAGAACACUGGAGGUGGAAAUUGAACAAGGGGUGAGAGAUGAGAUGGAGUACCCCUUCAUUGGGGAAGGGGAGCCCCACAUCGACGGAGAGCCUGGAGAUCUGCGUUUCCGCAUUAAAGUGCUAAAACAUCGCGUAUUUGAGCGCAGAGGGGAUGAUUUGUACACCAACGUCACCAUCUCUCUGGUGGAGGCGCUGGUCGGCUUUGAGAUGGACAUCGUUCAUUUGGACGGACACAAGGUGCACAUCGUGCGGGACAAGGUGACCAAGCCCGGCGCCAGGAUGUGGAAGAAAGGCGAGGGCUUGCCCAACUUCGACAACAUCAACAUUCGUGGGUCGCUCAUCAUCACCUUUGACGUGGAGUUCCCCCAGACGCAGCUGGAUGAAAAGCAGAAAAAUGGUGUUCGUAACCUGUUGAAGCAAGGCUCCAUACAGAAGGUGUACAAUGGACUACAAGGCUACUAACGUGCCACUCCAUGCUGCUUGGACUGACAUGUAGAUGACAAACAACACGCAAACUACAACAAUAACAGCAGCAGCAGCAGAACGAGCGUGACCUGCACCACUUUUCUGGCCACAGUCUAUUUAUGUUUGUUUUGUUUUCCCGACUCAGGAUGUCUCGAAUUGAUUUGUUUUUACAUUUCAAGGUUCUUUUUUGUGCCCCCCCCUUUUUUUUUUUUUAUCCAAACCACAUUGUCAGGUUUAUUUAAGAUUAUAGGCUGUAUAAAAGAAAUGGGUGCCGGAGUCAGUUUGGUUUUGUCAUAAAUCAUACAAGUCCAGGGACAUUUGCUCAUAGACCUUUUAUACAGUUAACAGUACGUUUGCAGCUUGCAGAGGUUUUAAGGGGUAUUUGCUUCCCCUUUAGGCUUCCAAGGCUCUGUACUCUUUUACACGGUCUUUUGUUCCAAUUUGUUUUGUUCAUUGCAGAAGAAUCAUCAUGUUGACAUGUGAAUAACGUAGGAAAUAUACAGUGCAAAACUGUAAAAAUAAAAAAAAUGUUUUAUGGUUUAGUUUGUAAAGAGUUUUGCACUCCCUCUGGUGCCUCUUUUUGCUUCAAUGAAGAAAUUAUUCCUCUUCCUGACUGGAGAAAGUUUCCAAAUGCUACACAUUUUUUUCAUCAUGGUUUAAUCUAAAAGUUUUUUUUUUUUUUAUUUAGUUUUUUUGGUCAGUCUUUUGUGUUCCACAAAAGUGCGAUGCUGCCUCCAACUGUGAAAUAACUAAUCUUUUUGUUUUGAUUUUGGUUUGAAAGCUGAUUGGGAUUAAUUGACGUUUUGGGAGGAUGAAUAAAGAUUUCUUCCGGUUUUGA